CGAUUAGCCAGCACCUGCGAUCAACUAUGCGUGAUGAACCAGUCACUCCUUGGGCAUACACACUGAUCAGGUUUCUUUUCCGAUUUGUGCUCAAAAUAUUUUACGGGACAAUUGUCAUCGAGAAUACGAACUACAUUCCUAGAACUGGAAAGCCAUGCAUUGUCUGCGCCAAUCACAGCAACUCACUUACCGAUGCACUGCUACUGGUGACAUCCAUCCAUCCAAGCGUUCGCAAUAUGCUGCGGCUCACGGCCAAGUCCACCCAAUUUGGCCGUCGCACCUUCACCAGCUGGCUCAUCGAAGCUGCCGGUACAGUUCCCAUCAAAAGACGAAAGGAUUUUCCUGAGGGCGACACAGACAAUACUCAAGCCAUGCUGAAACUGGUGGAGGCAUUAGAAGCUGGCGACGCAGUUUGCUUGUUUCCUGAGGGUAUGAGUAGAUAUCACCCGAGCAUCGCCCCGCUCAAGACUGGAGUUGCGCGUUUAGUAUCGACCGUACUCACCAAACAUCGCGACCAGCCUGAUUUUGAAGUCUACGUGUUGAACUGCUCUAUCACGUACAUGCACCGCCAACAUUUCCGUUCCGAUGUUCUGGUGACGUUUCAUCCUGCAAUGAAGUUCAGUCCCAAGGACAGUCCAGAGCUUUUAGAACCUGUCGACUACACUCAUAUCCGUUCUGUGACCUCGAAUAUACAUCGCCAAAUCAGCUCUGGAACUUUUGACUCCCCGUCUUGGAACCUUAUCAGGACAAGCAAACUUGCUGCCCGAAUUUACGCCCCCCUUGGUACUCACAUGAGCCUCGGUGAUCAUGUUCGCGUAGCGCGGACUUUUUUGGAAACGUUCAAGUCUGCAGAUUCCGGAGCGACCGAAGGCAGUGCAGAUCAGGAACAAGACAAUGUGGAACUUCUGCAGCUUCUCAAUGACUUGAAGUCGUAUCAGGACAGAUUGUCUCAUUGGGGCAUCAAAGAUGAUCGUAUUAAACGACCGCUUCCCCGGCAUAUCAUCUUGUAUCGUAUGAUAAUACGAUUUUCCUGGGCCUUGCUACUCCUUUCAUUGUCCUUUCCCGGCCUGCUCCUGUGGACUCCGAUCUUCUUAACUACAUUUUACGCCGUCCACGAGUUCAAAAAAACCGGCCCAAUCUUCGACACUUGGGACGAGAUUGCGCAGUAUAAGCUAGUAUACGGAUUAAUUUCCGGGCUUCUGGUUUGGCUGUCUGUUGUCUUGAUGACGCUUCCUAUAGCGAUUUUCUCGUUCUUUGCGGUUCCAGGCUUGAUGUGGAUAUCAUUGCGAUGGCUGGAAGAUUCCAUAUCGUCAUUCCGUGCUUUUGCUGCUCUGUUUCGUUUGCUUUGGGUAGGAAAGCCAACCUUGUUGGCGAUGAAGGAGAUCAGCACGCAAUUGCACGGAAGGGUCAUGUCCUUAGCAAUUUCUCUUGAAUUACCGCCAAACCCCGAAACAUACUUCGCCAAAACAGGCGGCAAGGAAAAAGGGAGCGUUGGAAGCUCUUGGGAUAGCGGGAGGCGGUAUUUCUCAAUCAGAAGAAGAAGAAAGAGGGACUGGAAUGAGACUUUACGACUUUAUGAUAAGGUGGAUUAUCCAGACGAAGGGAUAUAAGCCACUCUAUAGAUUUUGAUCGAUUUAGCUCAGACGUACUGCUUUCUUUAGUGUCGACUUUUUGUAUUUAAUAUUGUCACGGCGCGCUAUAUGGAAUUUCGCCGGCAACUUGAUUCCCACCGGU